AUGAAUAUGUGUGAGAUCAGCCGCAAAGUUGGAGGAAACCUUCUCCUCCUUAAAUAUCACCUCUUACCUCGAACCAAAGGAUUCACCACCACACUGCAGUGUCUUAAGGACACAGUAACCGCCGUGUAUGAUGUGACCCUUAACUUCAAAGACAACCAAACUCCCACUCUCCUGGGCAUUGUCAACGGCAAGAAAUACAAAGCCAACCUGAGUGUAAGGCGGUUCCCUGUGGAGGAUAUACCAGAUGAUGAGCAGGAGUGCGCCAACUGGCUGCACAAGCUCUACCAGGAGAAGGAUGCCUUGCAGGAAAUGUACAGCAAGGAAGGCAAGUUCCCCGGACCCACAAUCAUCCCACCUCGCCGACUAUGGACACUGCUCAACUUCCUGUUCUGGGCCACCCUGCUGCUUUCACCCCUCAUCAAGUUUGCCUGUGGUGUGGUCGUCAGUGGCUCCCCUCUCCUCAUCAUUGGCUUUAUCAUCUUCCUCAUUAUAGCUAUCCGCCGCCUCAUAGGGGUCACCGAGGUGAAGAAAACAGGCUCCAGUUACGGCGAUCAGGAGGCCAAGAAACAAAACUAAAGUGUGUCACCCCCUCCUGUGUAUGGCCGUUUGUGUACGGUCGCCCUGCGGUGUCUCACCCUUACCCAACUCCAUUCUCCUCCUACUGUUGAGUCAGUUGGUAGGCCGGGGAGGAGACCCAGCUGUGAAAACAUAAUAGAGACCAGAGUUAAAAAUUCUAAUGGCACUUCUCCU